GUUUCGGCUCCUCUGUUUCCUUUCCUACUACAGUAGAGUAGCUCCAUUUCCAUUUGAGUUUUGAUUUUUGAGGAUAUAUGAUGCAGCCACCGUACACGUACAGCAACAGCUACCACCAUAUCCAUAGCAGCUUGCCGCCGGAGAUGAGCGACCGCGACGUCGACAUGCACAUCCUCACCGCUCUCAUGGCCGACAUGGCCGAUUCGUCAUCCUCCUCCUCCUCCUCCUCAUCAUCAUCAUCAUCCGACGACUCCGACAUGCGAGCAUCAGCAGCAGCAGCUGAGCCUGAGCACCGGAGGAGCCCUGCACCGCCGCCGCCACCGAGGCAGCAGCAGUUGAUCGGGGUGCGGAAGCGUCCAUGGGGCAAGUUCGCCGCCGAGAUCCGCGACUCCACCCGCAAGGGUGCUCGCGUGUGGCUGGGCACCUUCGACAGCCCAGAGGCCGCCGCCAUGGCCUACGACCAGGCCGCCUUCUCCGUCCGGGGCGCCUCCGCCGUCCUCAACUUCCCCCUCCACCGCGUCCAGGAGUCGCUCCAGGCACUCGCCCUCGGCGCCGCCGGAGGAUCGCCGGUACUCGCCCUCAAGCGCCGCCACUCCAUCCGCAAGCGCCGCAAGCCUACCAAGCACAUGCUGCUCAUGCAACAACAACAACAAGAGCCGACGGUGGUGGAGCUGGAGGACCUCGGUGCCGACUACCUGGAGGAGCUCCUCCGCCUAUCCGAGUCCUCCUCCUCCUCCUCUUCUUCCUCCAUCUCCAACUUCACCACUACACCAAAUCGUCAUUGCCAAUCCUAGCUACUCACGAUCGAUCAACUUGUCUUCUUGUUGUUGUUGUUGUUGUUUACUCGCGCGAUCGAUCUAGCUUCUCAUGUUCAGUAAUCAGUAGAGGAUUAUAUAUAUGUUUUUUCUUACCAUUAGAUAGAGGAGUAGAUAGAUGGAUGGGCAGACAAAAUCAAGCUCCACGCCAUGCAUAUAUACUCUUAUAUAUAUAUAUAUAUAUAUUUAAAUAUAUAUAUAUAUAUAUCCAUCCAUCACUUGGAGAUCCAUCAAGCAUAUCGAUACCAGUGCAUGGAUGGUUGUUUAAUUUUUGUUCAAAUUAAGGUUUUCAGAUAUCUAAUACCCGCCCCCAUGCAUGGAACCAACAAGUUGUAUAUAUGCUUGCUUUAUAUAUAUUGCCACUGAUUAGUGAUUAAUCUCAGUGGUCGGAGGCAGAUUCUUAUGUCU